UUUAUCUCCGACAUUUUUACAAUGAGUACUUCGAUAUUGCAUACAUGAAUAUUGUAAGGUAUUCUGCAUUCCAUUAAAUUUAUCUAUGCUAAAAUAAUUUUAUGUACUUCUUAAAUUAUAAUCUCAAGUACAAACCGAUGAGUGAGUUUAUAAUAUAUUUACGACCUAGAGAAGAUAAUAAAUUUUAUUAUGAAUCGCUACGUAAUGCUACAGCAACUCGGUGAUGGUACUUAUGGAUCGGUGGCAUUAGCGCAACGCCGAGAUACUGGAGAAAAAGUAGCUAUCAAACGAAUGAAACGCAAGUACUAUUCCUGGGAUGAAGCGAUGAAUCUCCGAGAAGUCAAAUCACUAAAGAAACUCAAUCAUGCAAACAUCGUAAAGUUACGCGAGGUGAUCAGAGAAAACGAUACGCUUUAUUUUGUGUUUGAAUAUAUGCGGGGCAAUUUGUACCAACUCAUACGUGAUGCAGAACGGCCGUUUGCCGAACCAGUUUUGCGAAACAUUUUGUACCAAGUUUUGCAAGGUCUUCAACAUAUGCAUCGACAUGGCUUUUUUCAUCGUGACUUAAAACCAGAAAAUUUAUUAUGCGCUGGACCCGAACUUGUCAAAAUAGCUGACUUAGGCCUAGCAAGGGAAGUUCGAUCUCGACCACCUUACACAGAUUACGUAUCUACUCGAUGGUAUCGUGCACCGGAAGUUUUACUGCACGAUACUCACUAUGGCGCGCCGAUAGACCUAUGGGCUCUUGGGUGUAUUAUGGCUGAGCUUUACACAUGUCGACCCCUUUUUCCGGGCAAUUCUGAAAUAGAUCAGUUAUAUAAAAUUUGUUCAAUAUUGGGGACUCCAUCUCGUGAAGAGUGGCCCGAAGGUUAUGGUCUCGCUGAAGUUUUAAGGUUCAGGUUUCCUGCCAGCACCGGCGUUCCCCUCGGGCGGGUUGUGCAGAAUGCUUCUCAAGCUGCCGUGGCUCUGCUGGCUGCGCUGCUUCGUUACCCACCGCGAGACCGCCCCACCGCUGUGCAAGCUCUUCGAUUUCCUUAUUUUGCAGUUGGUACCGCAUUAGUUCUUCCACCACCAAUAUCACAUUCAAGAAGAAGCAGUACGCGUGGUGAAGCGGAAAAUAUUCUUCCAAACACUAACGAACUUAGCAAUCUACCUGCUGUCGCAUUGAUGCCGCCACAGGACCGUUUCGCAGACAUUUUGGGGGGAGAAGUGGUUCAUUCGUCUCACAUUUCCCGGGCCGGUGUGGGCGAUAAGCGCGGGCGCAGCGUGCUCGCGCCGCUGCAAGCGGCCCCCGCGUCCAAGGCGGGCCAAGCGCGAGGGCGCGCGUGCGGCGCGGGCGCGCUGGCGGAAGGCGCCGCGGCCGCAUAUCUGAACACGACGCGUUACGUCACAGGCGCCCGUAUCGACACUUCCCUUUUUCGUCCACUCCCGCUCCGUUCUUUGCAUGAAGCGGCUGCCGUGGGUAGCGGUGCAUCUCGUGUUGAUUGGGCUGCAAAAUAUCUACGUUAAAGACAUCCUUCAUUGUAAAAUAAAAGCAUUUAGAUAUAA